AUGAGUUGCCCAAGAAGCUCAACAAUGAACUGCGGGCACAGUGAAGAUGCGGGCGUCAUCUGUCAGCCACAUGUCCGCCUUGCCGGCUCGAGCAAAUACUACGAAGGCAGGGUAGAGGCAUACAAGGAUGGGACGUGGGGGACAGUGUGUGAUCAUAUGUGGGACAUCGUGGAUGCCGAUGUGGUUUGUCGUAUGCUUGGCUUCGACGGAGCUUACGAGGCUUACAAGGGUGCACACUUCGGGGAAGGAGUUGGAACUAUCCACUACAACGGCCUACAAUGUAACGGUAACGAAAACCGUAUAUUACAUUGCCCCAAAAGUAGCGGAACUUGUACCCACGCCAACGAUGCAGGAGUGCGCUGUAAAUUCAUGCGAUUGGCUGGUGGAUCUCACAGAAACGAAGGACGGGUGGAACUGUUCAACGACACGUGGGGAACGGUUUGUGAUCCAGAAUUCGGCUAUCUGGAUGGUCGCCAGGUGGCUCGCGAAUUAAGCCGAAGUGCGUGCAUCAUAAGAUGGAAUUCUCCGUAUAUUUUCGGUUCAGGAAGUGGUGACAUCAAAAUGAGCAAUCUCGCGUGCGAAAGCUAUUCUUUACAUGAUAGCAUAUUUGAUUGCCCACAUUCAGAGGGUGCGUCACAAUGCACACACAGCAACGAUGUCAGCAUGAGAACCAACCCGGGGGUAAGGAUAUAUGAGGACAAUAGAGACGGGCGAGGUGCUGUCGGUGUUUUCCGAGAGAAAAUGUGGUCAUAUGUGUGUGCGAAUGAUUGGGACAUUCGUGACGCGCAUGUUGUGUGUCGUGAAAUGAAAUUAACCGGUGGAGCCGUUGAAGCAACCAAAAUACCACGGGAAUCGUUAACGACGUCUUCGUCUUCGUCUUUGCCGAUACGUGGCGGAUACCAAUGCGAAGGGUACGAAUCGAAUAUUGAAGAUUGCGAGAGAAGUUCGGUACCUACAACCUGUCCUCACUACGCCGGUAUAGUCUGCCAAACGUUGCGAUUGGCCGAUGGUUCGAGCCCACAUAAUGGUCUCCUCCAGGUAUAUAAAUCGGGCUAUUUUGGCGGUAUCUGUGCCGACAGUUGGGAUACGCGUGAUGCGCACGUGGCUUGCAUACAGCUCGGUUUUGCCGCUGGUGUUCUGACAACAAACCGCGUGACCGCAGGACAAGCCAGGAGUAGUGGUCUCAAUUGGAUUACUAAGGUAUGGUGCGGAGGUUUGGAGAAGAAUAUUUUUGACUGCCCAUUCGAGUGGGAUUCAUGCUCCAGGAGCGAAGAAGUCUGGGUCGAAUGUAGACCUUAA